AUGCAAGCAAUCAAAAGAAUUCUUAUAGGAUUCUCAAAAAAGGAGUUCAAAGAGCAUUGCUAUUUAUUUGGGAAAAUAAGAAAAUCUGCAAUCAAUGCUGAAGAUUACGAAAAAGUUACAAAUAAAAUAUCUCUCAAUUUUAUGUGAAAGGUAUUUUCUUUAUCGAGCUCGGCUUUUGUUGCGGUCUAUUUUCAUCCAUUUUCAUCGCUUCCUUAUCCAAUAGCAUGAAAUGGACUCCUUACUUUAUCUCUCUAUAGAAUUUUGACUACAGAGCACAACUAUAAGUCUUUUUGCAUGGUAAGAGACAUCAGUUUAAAGUAUAAUUUAAAAGGCAAUCCGAACAUGCUGAGAAGUGACGUAAAAGACCCAUAUGAUUGAAGUUUCCAAAAAGAAGAACUCUCAAAAUCUUUUGGAUCAUACAAAGACAAUGAAAUAAAGCCUAAAAAAAAUAAUCGCAAAAAAUAA